AUGGUACUCAACAAGAAUCACUCGCAGGGUGGCAGAAUGAUCGUCAACAACACUGAGAGCAUCCUAAUGUUUUAAUACUGUGUGGAACUUACAUUCAAAGACAUGAAGAAGGUGCCUGUGGCCUUCAAAGAGACUAAGAAGUCCUUCAUGGUGCUGUUUUAUCUGAUGAAGGACUGUGAGAUCAAGCAGACUGUGUUUGGUGCAAACUACAAGAGGACAGUGAAGGCUGGAGCAGGAGGUGGCUGGGAAGGCUCUGCGACACACAAGUUGACCUUUAUGGUAGGGAGUGCCAUCAUGUUUGGACAACAGAUACUGCAAGUGGCAUCUCAAGCCUCCCAAGGACCUCCUAUGAUGGAUGGGGUCAUGGGUUAUGUGCCCCAUCCUAGGCCCAUGGAACCUCCAGUCAGCAUCCCUGAAGUCCCCUCCACUCCUGGAGCUGAAGGUAAAGCUGCAGAAGCGGCUACCAGAGACUAUUACAAUCUGGGUAACCCACAUGAUGUCUACACUCCCACGAACCAGCUUCGGCCACCUUCCUACUACCCGUCUCCCCAUGGAAGAAGAACCAGCAUACCCUUCCUGCUCCUGCCUCCCACUCCUGCUCACUCUUCCCUACCCUUCCUUCCCCUUGGGACUGAGAGUUACCACCUAGCUAGAGAUUCAUUUCAUUUCAAUGGUGAUCUGCAGCACCUUAAUAACCCGCACUUGUUCACAUGCGGAAUGCUCCUCUCUCAUUUUGCCCUAUCUAAAUCUUAUGCUGCCAAGCUCAACUCCCAAAGUUACUGCGUUUUCGAUUCUUCAGAUAAAGAGGUGAUAGCAACAACCCCACACUGCAAACUCCACAUGAUUUCAGGCUGGGAAGUAAAUACGCGGGUAUUUGGAGCACAAGAUCACCGCAAACAGACCAAUGACCGGAGUAACCAGCAUGCAGCCCUCCAUGGAGGGUACCACUUCCUCCAGCUGCGGACUGAGACUCUGACCUACCACCACACCCAGGCCUGGCUCCCCUCCUCCCCAGGUGCACGAACAGGGAGCUGGCCCCAGUCCCAAGAAAGUUAG